GUGCAUCGCUUCUCUGGAGAGCGUGCCGGUGCGAUGUCGGCGCACGACUGGGAGUCUCCAGACACCUGCCCAGAGAUUAUCGAGCUCCGCGGCGGAGAGCGGAGAGAUGCUCCAUGGCACAAGUUCUACGAGACGAAGACUAAGGGAAAGUACUGGCAGUGCGAGCUGCGUGGAAACCAGGUGACGGCAGGUCACCUUGCCAGCUCAGGUCAUCAAGCUCGCAUUGGAAACGGAGUUCCACCAGACCGUUCCUACAUGGUGUAUUGGGAGAAGUGGGUAAAGAUCAAGAUCGUCAAGGUCAUUACCCGCGAGUUCUACGGGGGCCCACCGUCGCAAGAAGACGAUGAUGGUCCUGCCGCCGCUGGCGCUGCCAGACCGCAGCUGGCGCUCCCAGCGCCGCAGUCACAGGCGACGCGGACGCCAGCAGAUGCGGCGGCGGCGGCGGCGCCAGCAGCUGCGGCGGCGUCCGACAGGCAGACGGCAGCUCUGAUCGAGAAGCAGAACCAGCUCGUUGUCUCUUUGGGCGAGCUGGUCGAGAAGCGCGACAGGCAGAUGGAAGCUCUGAUCGAGAAGCAGAACGACAUGGUUGCGAGGGUGGCCGAGCUGGUCGAGAAGCACAGGGACGCAUUCACCAGCCUGGUGAACACUCAUACCCAGGUGGCCACGACUCAGGCCGAGCUGAUCGGGAAGGUGGACGCUCUGAUCGACAAGCUGGACGCUCACACCCCAACGAGGAUGAACAGACUGAUCGAGACGGAGACCGAGCUGUCGGUGAAGCUGGACGCUCUGAUCGGCAAGCUGAACGGGUCGGGCGCGGAUGAUUUCGGCAGCGUCGGCCUGCCGGUCGGCGUCGAUGGCGGCACGCAUGGCUGCGACAGCAGCGGCGGCCUGGACCACGGCGCUCCGUUGGGCGCCGACAGCGGCGCGCAAGGCGGCGGCGGGGGCGGGGCUUGGGAGCAGUGGCAAGCCGACGGCGGCACGCAAGGUGGCGGCUGGGGCGAGGCUUGGCAGAGGGGCGGCAACGGCGGCGACGACGGCACGGAAGACGGGUCGCAAGGCAACGGCAGGGGCGGCCCCUGGGCCGCGGCCGGGGUAGAGGCCGGCGACAGUGGCGUGGUAACCAUGCAUGCCGCCGCAUACGCAUGA